AUGGCUACCCAUCAGGCUCUCGUGCUCCAUUCACGCGACAAGCAACUUGCCCUCGAAACUGUGCCCCGUCCGGUAGCUAAGGCAGGCGAAGCAGUGGUGCAAAUCUUAGCUGCUGACAUCGUUCCUUAUAUGGCAGAAGUAUUGAACGGCUCUCGUCCUUAUCCACUAUGCCUACCUAUGACGCCCGGAAAUACCGCCAUUGGGAGAGUUUUUGAGGUUGGCCCGGACGCUGUUCGUCUCACUGUAGGUCAACUUGUGUUCUGUGACAUCAAAAUUCGCGGCCGCGAUGACCCAUCAGUCACCAUACUAUAUGGGAUUCAUGGAGGAGGAUAUCCGGCCGCGCAGAAACUCAUGGAGGGCGAGUGGCGGAACGCAACAUAUGCGGAAUAUACGCGUUUUCCCCUUGAAAACCUGUAUCCACUGAAUGAGAACCUUCUUUUUGGGCAAAUGGGAUACACUAUCUCUGAUUUGUGUCUCUUCCCCGCUCUGCUAGUCCCAUUCGGUGGUUUAUCCGAGGUUGACGUGAAAUCCGGCGAAGUCGUGAUUGUAGCACCGGCAACUGGUCGAUAUGGCGGUGCUGCUGUUGCCGUGGCACUUUCAAUGGGAGCUACAGUUAUUGCCGCUGGCCGUAACUCCGUCGCCCUUGAAAAUCUCGAAGCCAUACACGCUGCUACAGGUAGACUUCGGACUGUGGUUCUCACAGAGGACCCCGCACGAAAUACAGAGAUGUUUAAAGCUGCAGUAGGAAGGCCAACAGGUGCAGAUGUAUACCUUGACUUUUCACCACCCGCUAUGCAAAGUGGCUCGCUGCUGUGUGCUGGCAUUGGAGCCUUGCGUUCUUUCGGCAGGUGCAUCAUCAUGGGAGGUAAUUCGGGGAAAAUUGAGGUGCCAUAUCUAGAUAUCAUGUUCAAGAGCAUCCGGCUACAGGGCCGGUUCAUGUAUUCAAGACACCACAUACUGCAACUCAUACAAAUGGUGGAAUCUGGUCUAGUUCUCUUAGGGGCGAAGGGCGGAGUCCACUGCAAACAGGAAUUCGGUCUAGAAUCAAUUGAUGAUGCGUUUGAAGCGGCAGGGAGAUUAACUGGUUGGGGGGCACAUGUUGUCUUGAGGCCAUGCUCAAGGUAA